AUGUCCGCGCCCCCGAGCGACAGCGUCGCCAUGGACCACCAGACCUCUGGACGAGCCCCUCGCGAGCAGCGGUGGCCCACACGGGAAUCAUCGUCGUCAGCCGCGGCGGAGGAGCUGCAGUUCGAAAGGGCCUGGUGGGCCGAGGCGCUAAAAGCGAUGAUCACGGAACACCUCGCGGACCAGAUGGCCGCAAUCAAGGAGGCCGGCAAGAAGAUCGAGGCCCUUGAGGGCCCCGUGGUUGAGAUCGGGCGGACGCAGCGGUUGCAGGCGGAGUUGCAGCAGACGCAGCAGCUGCAGAUGCAGCAGCUGCAGGGCUCCGUGCUGGAGAUCCGGCAGGCCGCCCCCGAGGCCGCCGUGCCCGUGACGACUGAACCCGGCAAGCGAGAGACGCACCUGCAGGACGCGCGGCCCCAGUCGGCGUCCCCGCCGGCAGACGGCACCCCGCGGGCGACGCCACCCGAAGCGCCGCCGCCGCCCGGCGACUCCCCGCGGGCGAAGAGCGCGCUCGCCGCGGAGCUGGGCGGCGUGGUGCGCGCCGCGGUGCGCGAGGAGCUGGGCGAGCUACUCGCUGAGGGCGGGCCCUUGCGCGGGGCCUUGCGGAGCGAGGCAGAGGCCGCGUUGGGCAGCUGCGGCUGCUCGCCGUGCGGGCUCAGGCUGAGCGGGACUGUCACACGUGGUCUGGAGCAAACGCAUGUGGAGGGUGUCGACACGCCGGCG